AUGGGCACUGUACAUGCUAAGGCAGAUAUCGGUCAGGUGGAAGGGGGCAUGUUUGAUUUGGAUGAAGCGAACACGAUGGAGCCAAUACCGAAACCAACAAUCAAAUUAAAUGGUGUCAGGGCGAGAGUUGACCGAGUUCAUGUAGAUGGGCUAAGUCGGACUAAAGAUGACAUUAUCAGAAGCACCGUUGACGACCUAUUCUAUGCAACGGACUUUGAAGAUGUCAUACUACGAGCUCAUAAAGUUCGUAGGGCUUUGGAUUCUAUGGGCUGUUUCAAGGAUAUCGGAGUUUAUAUAGAUGUGUCGAGUGGACCAGGGGCAACGCCUGAAGGACUAGAGGUGACAUUUCAAGUUAAGGAGCUAUCUCGUGUUCUGGGCGGUGUAAAUACUACGGUCAGCGAAAACGAGGGGAACCUCGUUGUAGGUGUAAAGCUCCCCAACGUGUUCGGCCGCGGGGAGCGCGCCGCUGCCGAGUACAGCGUCGGUCACAGGAGCUCCUCAAACUUCAACGUGUCCGCUACGAAGCCCUACCCGCACGCGCCGCUCACACCGGUUGUAACAGCGUCUGUAUACCAACAGAACCAUGAGUACCCGUGGUCUGGAUAUAAACUGCUCGAUCGAGGGAUACUACUGGAUGUAGCCUUUAGGACAUCUCCCGCUACGAAACACAACCUGCAGUGGGAGGGCGUUGUGAGGGAUACUUCUGUUCUUGGGAAAACUACAAGCUUUAAAGUCAGGGAGAGCAGCGGUCCGCAAGUAAAGUCGGUUCUACGUCAUAUAGUGAGCGUGGACCAUCGUGAUGAUAGUGUUUUCCCCACGAGCGGAUCCUGGGCGCAGUUUACUAGCGAACUGGCGGGCUUGGGGGGCGGAGUCGCUAAUAUAAGGACGGAGCUACAGGCGCAGGGGAAUAAGGAGAUAUAUCCUGGAGUGGUGUUUCAAUUGAGUGGAGCCCUAGGGGUGCUCCACGACGUGUACGGGACUGACAUCCCGGAGCACUUCUACCUCGGAGGGCCUUCAACCAUACGGGGCUUCGGUCAGCGGGGCGUAGGCCCUCACGUUGAGAAUCACUCCUUAGGAGGCACCGUGUAUUGGGCUUCUGGGGUCCAUUUAUACACCCCCCUCCCUUUUCAACCCGGAAAGGGGGGCCUCGGUGAACUAUUUAGAUCACAUUUCUUCCUCAACGGGGGAUGUUUGGCUCAUCCCGAAGAAUCCGGUCUCGCCGUACUAGAUGCGUUAACCGAAGCUCGCCUGGCGUGUGGCGCGGGGGUCGCUUUAAGACUUGGAGGUGUAGCGAGGGUGGAGCUGAACUACUGCGUGCCGUUAAAAGCUCGCCAGGGAGACGUGACCGCGCAGGGAAUACAAUUUGGGAUAGCUGCCCACUUCCUAUAG